AUGUUGGGAAUUGUGGUGGGGAAGCAGAACUUUCCCUCCAGCCUUGUGGAAAUGUCCAGGGAUUAUAGCCCGUGGCAAAGAAAAGCUAGGAAGCAAACGCCACGUCUAGACUUACCACCACUCAAUAGAUCAGAAGAGAAGAAGGAAGGAAGAAAUAAAUCAGUGAGCGAAAGAAGCCCAGUCUUUGGCUUGAAGAUGCCACUCCCCGUGAAACAGAGGGUCCAUUUCUCACAGGCCAUGGCAAAGGAAAUGAAGUUGGCAAAGAGCUUGGAGAACAUCAAAAUUUUGCAGCGGAUUUCCAAGAGCCGGAGACACAGCUUGGAUGAACUGAAGCACCACUCCAAAGUCCUCUUGAAGAAGAACCUGGGGCUGAUGGAGUGGAUCAAGGAAAUGGAUUAUGAAAGUGCCAAAGACGCCAGGGAUCUCCUCCAGCAGUAUGAAAUGUUUGGGACAGUCAUCACGACCCUCCGGGACUCGACCCAGAACCAGGUUGGCAUCGCAAAAAGGGAACUCAUGGAGAAAGAGAAAAUAGUGGAGAAGAACAUGGGAAAACUAGAUGCGGAGAUGGGGCGCAUGAACACGAAAGUUCAGUCCCUCCAGGAUGAGCUCAAUGUCUUGCGGUCCUAUAUGGACAAGGAGUAUCCGGUUAAAGCGGUCCAGAUUUCAUCUCUGAUGCGGAGCAUCCGGAACCUGAUUGAAGAGCAACAGGAUGAAUUGGAGUGUUUUCAGAAUUAUUCUCGAAAGUCCCUUAUGAACUUGUCAGGGAGAGCGUUUGAGCAAGAGGAACAUGUGUUUCAGAACAUUGCAGAGAAGCAGCUGAUGAAGUACCAUGAAGGUCUGACUCAGAUGAACAGGAACAACCUGGAGCUGAAAAGACAAAUUGCAGUACAGAAGGAGUUAAUUGCUGAGAUGGUGAAAGAAGUCAAGGAAUUGCACCGGAGCAUCAUCAAGCUUCACCACUCCACCGGGGACCCGCGAAACAUGAUCUUUGCCGACGUCCUCCUCCGCAAACCCAAGUGCAUGCCGGACAUGGAUGUUGUUCUUGAUAUCCCCACCGAUGAGGAUUUCCCCCUCUAGUUGUCAAGUUCCUUGAAAACAUGGGCACAACUUCGGAGACUUUCCUGCUUUGCCAAACAGUGCUGGAAAUGCCUCACACCCAGGAUGAAAUCCUUAAGCCUGCCAACGAAGCCCUUUUGGAAUGGCUUCUCUCCCCCUGCCGUCUUUCAGAAUUAGAUUUUUAUUAAAGACAGAUUUCUCAGA